AUGCCCAACGCCUUCCAUACUAUUUCAACAGCGCCCAACGCUGGCGAAAACUACGUGAUGGGCGCUCUCGAUGGCAUUGUCGAAGCCUACACCGGCGAACGUGGCUUUUUGGGAGUGCGCCGCUACAAGGUCUUGUUCCCCCUCAAAGUCGCAGCCGAGAUUGGCCGGGUGGAAACCAAUGGAGCAUCGGAUGCGGCAGACGGCGAACUCCCUUGGGAGGAAACCCAUCGCCAGUUCUCUGAGGCGAUGAAGGAGCGCCUCGAGCCCUAUCGAGGCACCUUGUCGAUUGAUCGGCAACAAAUACGCGACACAUUCGAAGAAUGCCGCUGCGUCACCCGCAAUGCCAAAGUUAUCGCCGCCCUAGGCCUGGAAGAGCACAUCGAUGCCCCCGGUGGAAGUCAGCGGCAUCUGGGCUCGCUUCAAGACGCAUCUCAUGUCUGUGAGGAGAACGACAAGGCCCAAGUGGACAAACAACUGCUCCUCGAGACCGAUGACCUUGCUGUGCCCCGCUCGGAAUACAAGCUAAGCUCUACCUUUUCCAGAGGCAAAGAAAUUGCCCGCACCGGUGUCUCCAGUGAAUUCCUGAACUCGCUCGUAGAGAUGGGCGAGAUCGACUCAGACGAUAAGAUCCUCAUCGGCGUCUCCCGUCCAGAAGCUUUCCACCGACUCCUUGACCGCGUGGCACCCCGCGCCUUCUUCACCGGCGGGAGCGGUAUGGAACUCUUCCACAGCUUCUGGCAAGCUCGUCUCAUACAAAGCGGUCUAUCUGGUGGCAAAGACUUGCUGUAUCUUGGAGUCUGGAACCGUGAGAAAUUCUGCUUCGAGGAGGAGCUGCGAGAAUAUGUCAACGCGGACUUUAUGGAAGUCCGCGUCGCAGUCUUCAGGGGCUCUAGAAACCUCGUUUACAACGAAAAAGAGGCCGAUCUGAUUAUCGAAAAGGUCUUUGCAGAGAGACGCUUCAUGCUCGAUAGUGUCUACAAUAUCACUGACUCCUGCCUCAUGCACCCCGGCGGAACGCUCAUCAUCAAGUCCAACGCAAGUGUUGACUGCUCCAAGUCAUUCGACGACCACGCUCACACCAACAACCCCGAGGAACGCGGCGUCUUCGACUACGCCGCCCGCAGCGUCGAGCUCGAAAUUGCCCUUCUGAAAGGUCUCCACCAGCAAGCCUGCACCAGCAUGGACGCCUUCGACAGCAUCGUUACCUUCAUCAAAGACUCGUCCGACCCGAAUGUCCAAAACAACCGCCUCACCGCCCUCUUCACGUCCCUCCUCCAGGUCUUCGAGAGCACGGCCCGCCACCUCAAGUUAUUCUACGCCCAGCUCGCCCACUGCUCCGUCUACCAACCCAGGCUCAACCAGAAGCCCGGCCCGAACCCGCCGGGCGCCUCGUCCGCCGCCGCAUCCGCAACGGGAGCCUCUUUUAACGAAACCCGAACCAAGAACAUUGACUUUGACCGCGUCAUGGCGCAGGUGCAGGCCAGCUUACAUGCCGGGGGCCGCUCACGAUGCCUCGUCCCCCCCUCUUCUUACCAUGGACAGCACCCGCAGCUGCAGCCUCUGACCCUCAAUGCCGUGCAACAGGCCCGGGUUUGCUUCAUCAAGAAGAACAGCCGUGCGAUCUGCAGGUUGAGCAAGAUGCCAGCUGCCGCCAUGAACUUUGAAGCCAUUCAGAGGCCCGCGCUACUCGAAAUGUCUCAGAACAGCGACCCGCUUUCGCCGCCAGAGAUGGCGGGUUGA